AUGAUUGAUACAAGUUCAAUUUCAGUUGAUUUCACAGAUGCAAACGAAUCUGUUUUCAGCAUUGCAGCAAUCAAUUUUCAAGGAGACACUGUCAUUCCUUCAUUUAGUGCUCUUAAAGCUGAUGUUCCUGGUAUAUUAAGAUGCAUUCAAACAACUCCAAUUCGUAUUCCAAUCUACAUUUUAGGAGAUGUAUCAAAAGUCAAAAUCGAAUUUACUCCAAAAUCCGAAAAUACUCCAAUUCCAACUUAUGAAGUUAAAGAGUCUCAGAUUGAUUUAUUGUUCCCAAUUAAUGGCAUAAUAAAAGACAUCUCUUUCACAGGAACAAUGAAUAUUAACUCAACAAUUGUUACUUACCAAGUUGAUGCACAUUUCAUUGAUUCCGCCAUUUUAAUAGAUUCUCCUGGAAACUCUUUCAUUCCUCAAAAUGGAUUUAAAUUUGAAAAAGAUCUUAUCGCAGAAGAUAGUAUCUCAUUCAUACCAACAAUUCCUGGUGUUGACCAUCCAAAGCAAAAGAUACUGAUACAAAAUCAAGUUUCAAGAAUAAAGACUAGUCCAUUCAUUCCAUUAGAUGACAAUACAAUCGAAUUACGGAAACUAUAUGCAAAUGAAACUAAAAUUUAUGGAGCUGCUUUCAAUUUGUAUCAUUCAGCAGCCAAUGAUUCAUAUAUCAGAAUUAAUACUCCUGAUUCAAUACAAAAUAAGAAUGUUUUGUUCAAUGUUUUGUCCCCUUAUACAGAUUUCUCAGAUCAAAUCAAAGAAAUUCAAAUCAGUACAAAGCCUUUGAAGUAUAAAUUCCUUGUUUGUUUCUUAUUGAGAUCCAAUGAUAAUCCUAAUGUUUAUGUUAUAUCGACAGACGAUGUAAGUAUUAAUAAUCUAAAGAUAAUUACUCAAUUUGAUGUUCCGGAAUCCAGUGUCGAAAUUGAAUUCGAAAUGAAUUCAAUUGCAGCUGAUAUUAAUGAACAAUCAAAUAUUGAAAUCAGAAUUACUGGAAAACAAUUCAAAUGGAGAAACAUGUUUGUUUUGAAAGUCAAUGAAACAUUGGAAUCAAAUAACUUUGAAAAUGAAAUUCUUGACAAACAAAAUAGAGAAAACUUCCAGAAAUUACACGAAACUGAUGGAAAAUAUCUUCCAUCAUUAAAUACAGCAAUGGCCAAAGAAUACAAAUUAAAAGAUGCUAAGGAAUUAUCAACUGUUCCACUGGAUUACUCUCAUUGGAAUACACACGUCUCACUGUUUUCUCUACAUUGA